AUGGCGUUGACAACACAAACAAGCGAAAAGAAGAAGCAGCCCAGUCCCUUGCGAUCCAUCAUCGCUGGAUCGACUGCCGGCGCCAUUGAGAUUGCUAUUACCUACCCCGCUGAGUUUGCAAAGACAAGGUCGCAGUUGAACAGACGGUUAGCUGAAGGACAGAAGCUCCCUUGGCCGCCUUUCGGCAAGCAGUGGUAUGCUGGAUGCACCACUCUCAUCAUUGGCAACGCAGCCAAGGCUGGAAUCCGGCCAGGAUUUGUUGCGUUUGAUCAGUACAAGGCGCUUCUAGUCGACGAGAAUGGCAAUCUUUCUGGACCUCGUACUGUCCUUGCUGGUUUCGGUGCUGGAGUCACAGNNCUGGCCCAAGCUUACAAUCUCAGUAUCGACGACCGCAAGUCCCCCAAGCCUCGAAUGCGCGGCUUCCUGCACGCCGUCCCUAUCAUCGCCCGCGAACGUGGCCUCCGAGGUUUCUUCCAAGGAUUCGUCCCCACGACCGCUCGACAAGCUGCCAACAGCGCAACACGCUUCACCGCAUAUAACUUCUUCAAGCAAAUGGCCGAGUCAUACACAGCACCGGGCGAAAAGCUUGGUGCCGUUGGAACCUUUGCAAUUGGUGGUUUGGCUGGUUUGAUCACUGUAUAUGUGACGCAACCGCUCGAUACUAUCAAGACUCGCAUGCAGAGUAUCGAGGCGAAGAAGACAUAUGGCAACAGCUUCAAGUGCGCGACGACUAUCUUCAAGCAGGAGGGUGUCUUGACGUUCUGGAGUGGUGCGUUGCCACGUUUGGCGAGGUUGGUAGUUUCUGGAGGAUUGGUGUUUACUGCCUAUGAGCAGAUCCAAGUGUGGUUUAACAAGAUAGAUCCGGAUGAGAAGUACAUCUAG